AAUGAAGUUAAAUCGUACGUCAAAAACAAAAUAAGCAAAUGUCAAAAGCUGACAAACAUAUUUUUCUAGAAGAAAAAUAAUCACAAUAAUUUCAAUCGUGUGCGAAUCUAACAGUUGCGUAAACUAUCUACAAUUUCGCCUGAGUUAAAUAAUGAUAUAUGUGACAAUAUUGACGUAAAACAAGUGAGAAUAUAGCAGGAAAAAUGAGUAAACACACUUAUACUACGGCGAACCUUACCGAUAAAGAACUGAAGGAGCAGGGUAACAGAUUGUUCAGUCUGAGACGUUUUGAGGAUGCUAUGAACUGCUACACAAAGGCUAUUAUAAAAAAUCCAUCAGUAGCGACGUACUUCACAAAUCGUGCACUAUGUCAUCUCAAGAUGAAGCGGUGGGAAGCAACGUGCCAGGACUGUCGCAGGGCACUCGAUAUAGACAACAAUCAGGUUAAAGGCCACUUCUUCUUGGGCCAGGCUCUGGUGGAAUUGGACUGCUAUGAUGAAGCUAUCAAGCAUCUGCAUCGGGCAAAUGAUUUGGCGCGCGAACAGAAGUUGAACUUCGGCGAUGACAUAGCAGCACAGAUACGCAUAGCAAGGAAAAAACGAUGGAACGUACAAGAGGAGAAGAGAAUAUCGCAGGAGAUUGAACUGCAGUCUUAUUUGAAUAGGUUAAUAAAUGAAGAUAUGCAGCGUAGAAUAGAGGCAUUGAAACUAGAUGUAAGCAAUAAAGAUGAUGUUAAUAGUAAAGCGUCCAAAAUUGAGGAUGAAUGUAAUAACUACAGAAGCGAACUAAACAUAUUAUUUUCUAAAAUGGACGAAAGGAGAAGGAAACGCGAUGUACCGGAUUAUUUGUGUGGCAAGAUAAGCUUUGAAAUUCUGAACGAACCGGUGAUCACGCCUAGCGGCAUUACUUAUGAGAAGAAGGAUAUUGAAGAACAUUUGGAGCGUGUCGGCCACUUCGAUCCGGUGACUCGCGUGAAGUUGACAGCGGACCAGCUGAUCCCCAACUUCACGAUGAAGGAAGUAGUGGACGCCUUCUUACAGGACAACGAGUGGGCUCUCGACUACUGAGCUGAUUGUUUGUCCUGUAUAUAGGUACCUAGUGUUUGUGAUGUGAUGUGGUAAUACCCCGAAAUAUUGCAAAAAUAUAUAUGUCACUUUGUGGGUCUUUUUUGGCUGUCUAUUCAUAGCCAAAUUAAGGUUAAAUAUGCUGGCUUGAUCCGAGAAGCAAAAUUCAUUUGAAAUCUAGUUUUGAGUUUUAAAAUGUCACAAACAAUUAUUCAUAAUGGGAAAUAGCUCUCUAAACCGCAGAAGGAUAGAAAUGACGACUAUGUCUUGCUUUCGUCUUUUAAAGGGCAAUAUAAAUAUUUAUUGCAAUCCGGGGAAUUGGCUAAAUUAUUAGAAUCCAAAUUCCAAGGCAAUAGUACACCAUGUAGAUGUGUGCUACCUGCAUAAUUAUCUAUUUACGGUCGUUUCCAAUAUUCAAUCUAUUCGUGGUUUUGCUUACUACAGAUAUAAAUUUGAUAUAUAUGUAUGUGGUUAAUGUCAAAAUUCUAUGUCUGGGAAUCAAAACAAAAUAUUGGGGACGGCCUUUAUUCCCAUAGAUCAAACUAGAUAAUAUUAUAAUAAUGAAUCGGGGUAUUACUGCUAAUGACUGUGUCCUAUUUUAUUCACGUGUAUGUUUUACGUUUAGUUCGUUUGUUUACGGACUGGAAAGGAGUUUUAUAUCAUGAACUCUUUACAGUAGUCCGAACUAGGAUAAUCUAUGGUAGGCAAUUGAAACAUUAAACCUCAACUUUGAAAAGUUAAAUGGUGAUUUUAUUUUGCUCUAGCAAUUUGAGUCUUAUGUCCAGGUAGUAAAUAUUAAAUUCGCGAUGUAGGACAAAAUUAGUACACACAAUGCUACGGAACAUUUAUUAAUUAUUUAUUAUUAUUUCACAACCCAAAAUACCUUACUAAACAGGGUCCAUAAAAUGCCAGUUGGAUUUAAAUUCAAUUAAUUGUGUUUUAAUUCAAUUACACACGUUAACGCGUUUGGGUGUAUAAACCGUCAAAUAUAUGAAUAUUUUUGCAUCUAACUAAUGUAAAUGUGCACUUUAUAGACCAUAGACCACUGAAAAAGAAACAAUUUAAAAUAAAAUUAUGAGCUUGCUAAAGAUACGUAAGCAUAUAUUUUUUACCAAGCAUAUUAGGACAUAUUUAAUUUUCUCUGCCUAUGUUUUAAUUAAACAAGUUAGUUUAGCAACAAAUCUAUUCUUCAAUAUUCUCCUAAUUCUAUUUCUAUAGUACCUAUAUAAAGCUUACAUCAUACUUGUAACAAGGCGUCAUCUAUGUUACAAGUCUGUAACAGCCUUUAGUCACAGUUUAGAUAUGUUCUCUUGUAAACAGUUGUGAAGCUGCCUACUAACGUUCAUGAAAAUGUCACUCAUACAUCUGUCAUAAGCCGGGGAACUAUGGCAGAUGAAAUUAAUGCCUCAUUAAAACACUCAUAAUUGUGGCCUCAGAUACAAAAGCUUAAACUAUCUGUGAAUAUGAGAGCCUUGCUUGGUGACAAUUUACAAGCCCAAGAGUUUUCAACAGCAUUACUGAAAGUCGGCGAAGGUCUCCUUCCACAAGUUAAUGGUUUGGUGAAUAUUCCUGAAAUACUUGGAAGUGUGGUUGCCUCUGAAGAAGAACUGAUCCGUUCAGUAUUUGGGAAUAUUCAGCAUAUACCAAACCAAGAAAGUUCAUGGUUGUGCGAACGCGCCAUAUUAACCCCAAAAAAUGACCAAGCUGCAAAAAUUAAUAAAACAAUUUUGGAGGAUAUUGUUGGGGAUGAAGUGGUUUACACUUCGUUUGACAGUGUUGUUGACCAGGACGACGUUACCAAUUACCCCGUUGAAUUUCUAAAUACACUAACAGCAAGUGGUCUCCCUGCUCAUAAAAUAACUCUUAAAGUGGGUGUUCCCAUAAUGCUGAUGCGAAAUUUAGCUCCGCCAAAACUGUGCAACGGAACCCGCCUUAUCGUCAACAACACACAACGAAAUAUAAUUGUUGCUACAAUCCUCACUGGGUGUGGUGCCUGUGAGACUGUUUUUAUACCGCGCAUACCACUCAUCCCCAACAAUUUCCCAUUCCAAUUUAAGCGCACACAGUUCCCUGUGACUACAUGCUUUGCCAUGACAAUAAACAAGUCACAGGGGCAGACGCUUAAAGCAGCUGGUGUUGACCUGUCAACCAGCUGCUUUUCACAUGGUCAAUUGUAUGUUGCUUUGUCAAGGGUCAGCAACGCCUCCGGCCUUUUUAUACUAGCGCCUGAAGGAAAGACCACAAAUAUCGUUUACAAAGAAUUUUUUUGUUUUUUUUUUGCCAUUUGUAUUUUUGUGUAGUUUGCCUGGGCAACAUAAUAAGCUAUAAUUUAUUUUGGAAAAUGGGCUCUUAGAAUUCGACUUUAAAAUCUUUGAUGGCGACCCCGUUAUCGCUGGCAUAAGCAACAUUCCGCGUACGAAGUCGCGGGCAGAAGCUAGUCAAUCAUUUGCGUAUGUGAUUGAAAUUGUUACGAACUAACGUUCGUAGCUUCACAACUGUUU